AUGGACCCCGACACACCCGCUGCCAACGACCCGCAGCCGUCCGUCUUCCGCUGGAUCUUGGGUUUCCUCAUGGUCGGCGCAUGCUGGGGGCUCACCACGCCGUUUAUGCGCAGAGCUGCUAUGAACUACACUGCGCCCACGCACCCCUCCUUGACUGAUCCCAAGAACUCGGUGCUCAAGAAAAAGGUUUUGGGUAUCUGGUACGCUGUCAAAGGCGUAUUGAGUAGACCAGCGUAUGCCAUACCGCUACUGCUCAACGUGACCGGUAGUGUGUGGUUCUUCAUUUUGAUUGGCAAGGCUGAACUGAGUCUCACGGUACCCAUAACAAACUCGCUGGCGUUCAUGUUCACAGUGCUGGGUGAGUGGUGGGCAGAGAAGAAGGUCAUCAGCAGAGACACUUGGAUUGGCAUGGGCUUGGCUCUCGGUGGCAUUGCGCUGUGCGUACAGAGCAAGACAUAA